AUGCCACAGCGCCACGGUCAGCCGGCGCGGUCACUAGGUAAAAAUCCCUCCGAGGCGGCAUCUCCAUUGGAAUCACUGGUGUCAGAUCUUGGACUUUAUGUGAAGAGUUUCAAUAUCUUCUUGAAAUGCUACACUGAACACCAGGCCAUGCAGAAAUUAAUCGACGAGAUACUGUCAGACUUGAUUGCUAGGUAUCUCCUCAUACUCACCUCCCCUCCGUUUCUUUUAACAACUAUUUUAAAUCAAGGAAGCUCCACUCUCAAUGUCCUGGGGAUAGGAAGUGGAUCAGGUAAAAUUGACCUUCAAAUGCUUUACAACAUUCAAUCAAAACAUCCAGGGCUUUCGAUUCACAAUGAAGUGGUGGAGCCUAGCCCUGACCAAAUGUCCAGUUACAAAGCAUUAGUGACUGAAAAGAGCCAGGAACUCAAGGACAUCUCUUUCACUUGGAAUCAGAUGACUUCAGAAGAAUAUGAGAAGCAAGUGAAACAAAGAAAUGAGUGUAAAAAGUUUGAUUUCAUUCACAUGAUCCAGAUGCUGUACUAUGUAGCAAAUGUGGCUGCUACAAUCAAAUUCUUCAGAAGCCUCCUGGACACCAAUGGCAAACUCUUAAUUAUAAUGAAUUCAAGGAAAGGUGGAUGGAAUUCACUGAAGAAAACAUUUAAAUCCCGUUUACCUGGUUAUGAUCAGCUCCUUUUCAUCCCCAAUCUACUGGAUGAAAUGAGAGUCAAGUAUCAGUGCUAUGAAUUUUUCGGUGACCUGGACAUCACAGAGUGCUUCAUGGAAGGAAAUGAGAAUGGGGAGCUGCUGCUGGAAUUCCUGACAGAUGUAAAAGAUUUCAGUAAAACUGUUAUUAUUCUGGAACUCUUCAUUUUACAAUUGAAAGCAUUUAGAGAUUAUAAAAAUGACUUCAAGAAUCACAUAAUUACAGAGAAUGUUACAGCAUGGAAACGGACCACCCUAUUCACAUGA